AUGAAUUGUUUUUUAGGAGAAGGCACCAAAGCUAAAGACUUAGAUUCUAUUUAUAAUACUUUUUAUUUUAAUAAAUAAAGUCACCAAAAAGUUAUAAAUAGAUUUCCAUAUUGA